CGCUCACUCGCUAUCACACACGCAGCGCGUGAAAUCUCAGCAUCCUGCAGCACUGCUCGCGGUACAUUAUGAGGCUGCAGUGAAGACGUGUGGCACCGGGGCCGUUAUGAGCGGGAAGAGCCUCUUGCUGAAGGUCAUUCUCCUGGGGGACGGCGGCGUGGGCAAAAGCUCCCUGAUGAACCGCUACGUGACGGACCGCUUCGACUCGCAGUCCUUCCACACCAUCGGCGUGGAGUUCCUCAACCGCGACCUGGAGAUCGACGGCCGGCUGGUCACCCUGCAGAUCUGGGACACGGCGGGCCAGGAGCGCUUCAAGAGCCUGCGCACGCCCUUCUACCGCGGCGCGGACUGCUGCCUGCUCACCUUCGCCGUGGACGACCUGCAGAGCUUCCAGAACCUGGGCUGCUGGAAGAAGGAGUUCAUGUAUUACUCAGACGUACGGGACCCGGAGCGCUUCCCCUUUGUGGUGCUGGGAAACAAGGUGGACAAGGAGGAGCGGGAGGUCGGCGAGGACGAGGCCCGGGCCUGGUGUGAGGAAAACGGCUGCUGUCCGUACUUCGAGACCAGCGCCAAGGACGACAGGAACGUGGGGGCCGCUUUCGAGGCUGCUGUCCGGGAGGUUCUGGCCAGCGAGGACCCCAUCGACCACACCCUGCUGAGCAGCUCCAUCGAUCUCCACGGAAACCGUAAAGUGGCUCGCUCGUCCUGCUGUUGAGGUGCCUCUAAUGCUGCGUCCAAGUCAUGUCGGAUAGAUCGUAUUUACCAGCUGAACGCACCUGAACGUCACUACAGAGUCGUUAUUAUAUGGAAGCCCGUUUCUGCCACUGAAUAAAAAAAAUAAAAAGGUAUUUGCGACUUUUUAUCUCACAGUUCUGACUUUUCUUUUCUCAGAAAUAUAAAAUUGCAAAAUAUAACGUCCAGUUCUGAGGAGAAAAAAGACUGUGUUCUCACGCUUGUGAGUUUAUAUCACACAAUUCUGACUUCAUUUCUCAGAAUUGCGUGUUUAUAUCAAAACUGCAAGAUGUGAACUCUCAGUCCUGAGAAAAAAAAAAGUCAGAAUUGCAAAAUGAAAACUCGCAAUCGUGAGAAAAAAAGUCAGAAUUGUGAGAGAAGUCGCAAUUACAUGAAAAAAAAAAUAAAAUAAUUCAGUGGCAGAAACCGGCUUCCAUAUUAUUACGAGUGGGGAACUCAAAAUUUUCUUUUAGCCUGAGUUUCUGAGUUGGGGGCGUGUCAGUGAAAAACAUGGCUGAAGAAACAGCCCAAGACUAUAGAUAUGAAGCGGCUUUAUAGCCUGUUUGCAAUUUACGUGAUUCUGAUGAUUUUUCUCAAAUCACUAGCAGAAACUUAUAAUGCGUGUGUUUUGCGUUGUUAAUGGAUGCUCAAAAUCGUUAAAACCGAGAAAACACAAGGAGCUUCUUCAGAUGUUAAAGAUUCUUAAUGGAACCAUUUAGACAGAAAAAAGGUCCUUCUAUGGCACCGUGAAGCACCUUUAUUUUUAAGAGUGUACAUAUACAAAACAUUAUAUUAUUGUAUAAUCGGGGUGUAGCACCAAAUGUUGGGCCCCAGUCACACAACACCUCGUCAAUCAUAUUAAUAAAAAGGCACCUGUUACUCCGUUGCUCUAUUACUGUCCAACACCCCGUGUAUAAUUACCAUAGAAUAUAUAAUGAUUCACAUCACCUUCAUAAGUUGCAUAAAAACAACAAAAAAAGCAAAAACACAAUGAUGCAUAUUCUUUAUUCAUCAUUUUGUAGAUGUAGAGUCUUAAAAAAUCGUUGAAGUUUAUUGUAGAAAAGUUAAAACGAAUUUUUUUCCAAACAGAGUGACUUGUCAACUCGUAAGUACGAAUGUCCCUGGAGGACUUGAACGCAGCAUGAAUCUCUGUCUCUCUGGCUGAUACUGUAUGCUGGAGAGCUUUCUGUGUAGGUACAGACGCCAGACGUGUCUCGUGGGCUACGGAGUUACCCGACAGUAAAGGCAUUUUAUACAGAUUUCUCUCUCUGCAGAGCGCCACACUGACGGUUUCCCAGUCAAAGGCUUGUCUGCUUGUGUUUAAUAAUAGCUUCGUGUCCUGGACCGCAGAUCUAGCCUCCCUUUAGUAUUCCACCAGUUUUAAACGGACCAUCUUACUAUUGAGCUAUUAUGUUGUGGUACUCAUUUUUCCAGAUAUUUCCAAAUACAUAACCCACAGUGUCACAUAUUGCAGAGCACUGUUAUGGGUAAUGAAAUAUUGUUUGAGAGAAAGAGCAUUGAAGGAAGGGUAUUGAAAGAACGAAGGCAUUUUGCUAUUAAGUUAUUCUUUGGGUGAAGAACACGUUUGGGGUCAUAUUUCACCUUAAAAUAUUAUUAAAGAAUAAAUAAACAAGAUAUUACAAUUUAAAAAAAGAAAAUGAAGCAGAUUUUUGACCAUGACAUUAUUUUUGUGAUUUAUAAGCAAAUUCUUACUACCGUAAUCUCAUGAUCAUUACUGUAACAUUAAAACAACAAAUAAAUCUAACUUUCCUUUAUAAAGUAUUACUUAAAUGAUUAAUCUGUUAUUGUAGCAUUUGUUAUAUCAGCUUCAAUUUAUGCUGGUUUGAAUAAUUAUGAAAAAUAAUCGUGUCCACACAUAAUGAAGCAAUUCUAUGAUUAGAAACCUUUGCACUCUUGAUACGAUUUAAUUUUUAUUAAAUUUUUUGGGGUUGAAAUAUGACUGUUUCUUAAGUAGAUUCACCCCAUCACGGUACAUGUAGUAAAACACAUAACCUCAAAUUGUCUGAGAUGCAUCAGCACAGCACUACUUUUACACACAAAAAAGGGAAUUUCUUUCAUCACAUUAUCGAAAGAUUACAAUAAUUUAGUUUUUUUUUUUUUUACAUUUUAUUUUGAUUUGAUUUUGAUUUAUUUUUAAGUUGUUCUGUAAGGUACAGUGAGUUGUUUUAGAUGUGUAAUAUGUAUUGUUUGAUUUGAGUUGUUUUUUGUGUAUUUGAGAAAUGUUACACGCCUAAUUGCAUGCUGAAUCUGGGCAGCAAUGCUGUAGUGUUUGAUGAAGAAUGAAAGUCUGUUGCAUGAGGAGCGUGUUCGUUUGUGUGUGUGUGUGUGUGUGUGUGUGUGUUGGUCAGUUUGAGGGUUUAGACCACAUCUGAUUCAGUAAAUGACUCAGUAAUGUGGCUUAGACAAAUGCACAGAUCAUUUUUUGAAAGCAUGUAGGAACAUUGGUAAAGACCUGUCUCCAUUUAAUGCUGGAGCAGACUUGAAGAGACUCACAGUCACAUGUUGAUAUGAAACCAAAGCACAUGGUUCCCAGUAUCUUGCACUGACCUUUGACCGCUUAGAAAUUUUGAUUUAGUGCAUUUAUAGGUACUUAUAUCUUUUAUAAUACUGACUUAUUUCCUAGUGCUUUUCCCAGAAUAUGAAUGUUUUCUCAGCCUUUACUCUGCAUACUGCUGUAAGCCUCAUUACAACCAGAGAGGCCCAAAUCUGUGGACUGGGCAGCUGAUGUUCUCGAACGCUUCCGUUUCUCGCAUGAAUGCGUAAGAUGUAGCCAUGUUUCUGUUUACAGACCUUUGCUUGCCUGCUGUCAUGCGUUUGUGAUACAUGUAAAACACAAGACAUUGUAUGUUGUUACUUUGUGUUUGUUGAUGGACAUGCUCACACAAUUAUUGGUACACUGUGACAGAAAUAGAUGCAACACUGUGUUUCUCGAACUCAACCUGCUGAACACAUUCAUUGCUAAUGUUGGAAAAUCAGUAUUUGUCUAUUUACUGUUAGUGAUUUCCAGCAAAACAAGGUACCGGUGAAGAAAUGUUACACUAUGAGCAGAUCUGUAUUACAUAAUGGAAAGAUUCUCCGUGUUAAAUCGCAACAGGAUGCAGAAGUGCAACUGUUGUGACGUGUGUUAGUGUUUCAAAUGGCUUUUGAUGAGUCAAAAUGUCAACUUGAUAAGCAGACUAAAGCGUUUCAAUAAGCAGGCGAAUCUCAUGAAGAAAUGUCAAUAGUUACAUUUUAUUUGUAAGGAAAAUGAACCCUGUUUUUAGCAUGGUUCAUGUUUUUUGCAUUUAACACGGAUGUUUGUCGUGAGAUUCACCCGAGCCGGUGUCGUAGCAUUCCUGCCACAGUAUUUAUGAUGUUACAAAUCACAGGAGUAUUGUGUUUCAUUAAUAAUACCAUAUUUUAUAAUGUUCAUUUGUCAGUGUGACCAGUCACAACCAUGGUAGAGAAUUGUGGGGGGUAAACUGUGGUUAAUUAAGGGCAUUACUGCAAUGAAUGUACUGACUAUUUGUCACUUUUUCCAGUUUGAUUUGUAUAAGGUUUGUAUGCUUUGCUCUGGAUAAUACUGUAUUUACGGACAUGCUAACAGACAUCUUUAAAUGGCCUAAAUUUGUGGUGUUUUGUGUUACCCUACUGUUUCACAAUGUCAUCUCCAGUGCAAUAAGGAGGUGGAGACUUGUUUUGUUUGCAAAUUUACUUUGCAAGAAUCCAAUGCGAUGAAUAAACAAACUGCAACAGCGA